AUGGCCAAUCUCUCUGCAGUGUCCGUGUUCAUUCUCCAGGGCUUCUCCACCGUCCCUGCGUUCCGGCUGCUGAGCACGGCCGCCUUCCUUCUCGUGUACCUGGCUGCGGUUCUGGGGAAUGUCUCCAUCGUGUUAGCUGUGACGCUCAAUACCCGCCUGCACACCCCCAUGUACUUCUUCGUCAAACACCUCUCCCUGGUGGAUCUCUGCUCUACGUCCACCACUCUGCCCCGGGCCCUGGUGGCUAGCAUGGCAGACACUAAAGAGAUUUCCCUCCCGGCCUGCGCAUCCCAGCUCUUUGCUUUUGUCUGCUUUGGCUCUCUCGAAUGCUUCCUCAUCACUUCCAUGGCUUUUGACCGCUGUCUGGCCAUCUACAGGCCCCUGGUCUAUGGGGUGACCAUGAAUUCUCAGACUUGCGUCUCCCUGGUAGUGGUGGCCUGGGUCAGUGGGCUCCUCUUUUCCACCUUCCACACGGUCAACACUUUCUCCCUGUCCUUCUGUGGCCCCAAUACGAUUGACCACUUCUUCUGUGACAUUCCCCCACUCAUGCGUCUAGCCUGCGGUGACACCGCAGGCCACGAGGCCGUGGGUUUUGCAGUCAGCGGCUGCGCCAUCAUGACUUGCUUCGCCCUCACGUGCCUGUCUUACGUUCUCAUCGUCUACACCGUGGCUCGCGUUCCAUCUUCGGCUGGACGCUGGAAGGCCUUCUCCACGUGCUCCUCUCAUCUGGCCACAGUGCUCCUGUUUUACGGCACCGGAAGUUCCGCUUACAUGCAGCCCACGGCCCAUUACUCACCUCUUCAAGGGCGCCUGGCUGCUGUAUUCUACUCUAUUCUCACGCCCACACUGAAUCCGCUCAUUUACAGCCUGAGGAACAAGGACAUGAAAGACGCUCUGAGGAAGGUCUACCCGCAGGUACUGCACCCAGCCCAGAAGCUACGGGUGUUGGGAGCUGCAGAGUACCGCACCUACAAGAUGGCACCGGUUUUCGACUUCCACCAGCCCGACG